CACACGAUCCAAAACCUUAAAAUCCCUUACAGAGCCGUUCCGAUCGAAAAACCUAAAUUCAACACCCAAAUCUCCGUCUACCCGCCCCCGGCAAAUAUGGAACAUCCCAUGGAGAUGGACGUAGAAGAAGAAUCGCAACAACGACGACAGGGACACGCAUCGAAUUCAAAUCACGACCAAAUUCCAUUUAAGCGAUUCGGUCUCAGAAACUCCAUUCAAACCAAUUUCGGCGAUGAUUAUGUUUUCCAAAUUGCUCCCAAGGAUGAUUGUGCAACAAUGGCAGUUUCGUUGUCAACCAACGCAGUGAAAUUGUACUCUCCUGUGACGGGUCAGUACUACGGAGAGUGUAGAGGUCACUCUGCUACUAUCAACCAUAUUUCUUUCUCCGGCGGAUCCACGCCUCAUGCCCUGCACUCUUGUUCCUCCGACGGAACCAUCCGAACUUGGGAUACCCGAACAUUUCAACAGGUGUCUUGUAUAGCUGCUGGCCCUAAUCAAGAGAUCUUUAGUUUCUCUUUUGGAGGGUCUGCUGAUAAUCUUCUUGCCGGUGGGUGUAAAUCGCAGGUACUUUUCUGGGAUUGGAGGAACAAAAAGCAAGUUGCUUGUUUGGAGGAGUCUCAUGUGGAUGAUGUUACUCAGGUUCAUUUCGUUCCAGAUAACCGAAACAAACUUGUGUCUGCUUCAGUAGAUGGAUUGAUAUGUAUAUUUGAUACCGAGGGAGACAUCAAUGAUGAUGAACAUUUGGAUUCUGUAAUCAAUGCAGAAACCUCAAUCGGAAAAGUGGGAUUUUUUGGAGAUUCCUAUCAAAAACUAUGGUGUUUGACACAUAUAGAAACCCUAAGCAUUUGGGACUGGAAGGAUGCAAGACUGGAAGUAAACUUUGAGAAUGCUCGUUCUUUAGCUUCUGAAAGUUGGACAUUGGAUGAUUUGGGAUCUGUGUGUUUGUGUGCUUGUUGUGCUGGGGGAGAAUGCAUCAGAACAGCAGAUAAGUAAUUGUGGGUUUGUUCGCCCCUUGAUAAUUUAAAAAUUUAAGAGACUAAAAAAUAGUCGAAAUACAUAACUGAAGCCUGAGUAAUCGAGUUGUGACAACCUAAUGGCUUGUACCAAAAGUGGGGGCAAAAUUUCUAGACAACUUAAAAAGAAGCAAAUGAAAUUAUGGGGUGUUAGGCUAAUAAAUCAAUCAGCAGUGACAGUCAAAUGCAUAACCACAUUUGACGAUUUGAAAAAUGCUGAU